AUGAUGAAGUCCAUCUUCUAUAGUCGCUUUUUCAUUCUGCUUCCGUGGGUCCUGAUCGUCAUCAUCGUGAUAGACAUCGACACGAAGAGGUCCUCCGUGCGCAACACGGCGCACUCGUACCUGUCCCGGCUGAGCAGCGCGCCGCGGCGGGACACAGUUGUCCAUGCGCUCAAUCGCACCGCGCCGCCAUCGCCACUCAUCUACGCCAUCACACCGACGUAUAGCCGCGCCGUGCAGAAAGCCGAGCUCACGCGCUUGGCCAACACGUUCCGCCAGGUCCCGCACUUCCACUGGAUUGUGGUUGAGGAUUCGACAAGUCGCACUGAGCUCGUGUCGCGCUUCUUAGCGCGCGCCCGCGUCCCGUACACGCACCUGCACGUACUCACUCCGCGCCGCUUUAAACGGUCCGGGAUGCCGCGCGCCACAGAGCAGAGGAACGCUGCGCUCUCGUGGCUCCGUGCGCACCGCACAGCCACAGACUCCGGAGUGGUUUUCUUCGCCGACGAUGAUAACACUUACAGCCUGGAGCUUUUUGAAGAGAUGCGUUCAACUAAAGGAGUAUCUGUAUGGCCAGUGGGACUUGUAGGGGGUCGCAGGUAUGAGCGCCCCAUUGUAGAAAAGGGCAAAGUGGUGGGCUGGUACACAGGCUGGAAAGCUGACCGACCUUUUGCUAUCGACAUGGCAGGCUUUGCCGUGAACCUCCAGGUGAUCCUAGCUAACCCACGAGCUCUGUUUAAGAGGAGAGGAGCCAAGCCAGGCAUGCAGGAGUCUGACUUCCUUAAACAAAUAACCAGGCUGGAGGAUCUGGAGCCAAAAGCUCGCAACUGCACACAGGUCCUGGUUUGGCACACCCGCACAGAGAAGGUCAACCUGGGCAACGAACCCAAGCGGCAUCAGGACUCUGUUCUGAUUGAGGUCUAGUGGACAGGACUGGUGUGGGAGGCAGUGUCAUAAUAUAUUGCACCAAAUAGCCACGAUCCCUGUACUUUGCUAACCUGCUGAUUCAUGCUGGAAGCUGUGUGAACUCUGAUGUCUGUGUCACCUAACUCAACACUCUGGACCAUCCAAUUUUGUGACCUUAUUUCUGGCUGUAUAAAUUGGCUGGGUCUCACUUUGUUAAUAAGAAUACCCCAUCACGCUGAGGAAGCAUACUGGGUUACUAUUAAAGAACAUUUAAACCUGUAUGAUUCAGCUGUCUUCACUGGCUGCUAAUAGAAACUUUUACCUUAAGUCUGAAAAGAAAAAUCUGGAGUGUCAACAUCUGAUGAAAUCAUCAUGAUAAUUCACUGUCUUUUAGAACCUGGAGCACUUAAAAUAAACUUGUGACCAGUUGAAGAACACUAAGUCUAUGAAGCAGGAAGCAUUUGAAGAAGAUGCCAGUUUUUGGAGAAAGAACAUGUCUUAAAUGUACAUUCAGUGAACACUACAACAGUAACUGUAACUACACAAGUUUGUUGUAUUUAAGCAGUUAUUGGAUAAAGCUUUCUGUAAAAAGACUUUAUUGCCAUAAAUGUGUUGCUAUGAGCUUAAGAAAGUGGACAUGAAAGAUCCAGGGCAAUGCCAACAGCCUGAACCCAGAACUACAGAAGCAAGCCUUCAGAUUACAACUGUCUUUAUUCCAAUUGACCCUCUUUUAAAAGCAAAGCAAAGAAGAAAAAAACAUAAUAAAACAAAAUGAGAACUUUACAAUAAAUGAGGCAUUAAGAAAAAAAGGAUCACACAAUAGUUCAUGGCUACUCACUGUUUAAUGCACGGAAAUAACAUUUUUUCCCCUCUGUACUAGGCACCAGAAAAAUGUAAACACAUUAUAGAAAUAAACCUGGAUGACGAGGUGUGGAUGCUCACAUUAUUGCACAGCAGAGGGACCCUGUCUGAGUGGACUUUCACUCUGCCACAGUCAUGGGACUAGCAUGUUCAUAUGUGUACAUUUGUUCGAUUAAA